AUCCGCAGGCAUGCGCAGAGGGCAUCUUAGCCUCCAGACUACGAUUCCCAGAAGGCCGUGUUCGCCUCAGGGGUAUUUUCCAAGCUCAAGGGCGGGAGGGACUUCGGCCUGACUACGACACUUCCAACACCUUUCUCUCGGGGUUUUCCCUGCUUUCCGAUAUCGGCUUCCCCUUCUUUGUCCUGAGCUGAAGUGUGACGGGAGCCUUUGCCUCUGGGGCCUCUGCUCUUCCCAGGAGGCGGUUUCACAGGGUGCAAAAGGGAUGGUUCCUGUACUCCUGACAGCCAGGCCUGGAAGGGAAUCAGUGACAUUCAAAGAUGUGGCUGUGGAAUUCUCUCUGGAGGAGUGGGUAUAUUUGAAUCCAUCUCAGAAAAAGUUGUACGGGGAUGUGAUGCUGGAGAACUAUAGGAACUUGGUCUCUUUGGGAUUUGCAGUUUCCAAGCCAGAUGUGAUAUACCAGAUGGAAAGAAAGGAAGCAUCUUGGAUGCCAGAGACAGAUAUCCCAAGAAACAGCUGUCCAGAGAGCAAAGAAUUUACUAGAGAAAAACCUUAUGAAUGUAAGGAAUGUGGAAGGGCCUUCCACUUCAACUCAGAACGUAAUCGACAUCAGAGAAUUCAUAGUGGAGAGAAACCUUAUAAGUGUAAUGAAUGUGGGAAAGCCUUCCGCCUUACUGUACAACUUACUCUACAUAAAAAAAUUCAUACUGGAAUGAAACCUUAUGAAUGUAAUGAAUGUGGGAAGAUCUUUAGUAGCAAAACAUCACUUAAGGCACAUAAGAAAAUUCAUACUGGAGAGAUGCCUUAUAAAUGUAAGGAGUGUGGGAAGGCCUUUAGGGAGAGGAUACAGUUUACUCGACAUCAGAGAAUUCAUACUGGAGAGAAGCCUUAUAAAUGUGAUGAAUGUGGGAAGAUCUUAAGUAGCAAUACUUCACUUAAGGUACAUAAGAAAAUUCAUACUGGAGAGAUGCCUUAUGAAUGUAAGGAAUGUGGGAAGGCCUUCAGACAGAGGAUACAGCUUAUUCAGCAUCAGAGAAUUCAUACUGGAGAAAAGCCUUAUAAAUGUGAUGAAUGUGGGAAGAUCUUAAGUAGCAAUACUUCACUUAAGGCACAUAAGAAAAUUCAUACUGGAGAGAUGCCUUAUGAAUGUAAGGAAUGUGGGAAAGCAUUCUACUUCAACUCAGAAUGUAAUCGACAUCAGAGAAUUCAUACUGGAGAGAAACCUUAUAAAUGUAAUGAAUGUGGGAAAGCCUUUCGCCUUACUGUACAGCUUACUCGACAUAAAAGAAUUCAUACUGGAGAAAAACCUUAUGAAUGUAAUGAAUGUGGGAAAGCCUUCCUUCGGAAUUCAGAUUUUAUGCGACAUCAGAGUAUUCAUACUGGAGAGAAACCUUAUGAAUGUAAUGAAUGUUGGAAGGCCUUCUGCCAUGUUGCUGAACUUACCCAACAUAAAAGAAUUCAUACUGGAGAAAAACCUUACGAAUGUAAGGAAUGUGGGAGGCCCUUCAGACUGAAGACCCAGCUUACUCAGCAUCAGAGAAUUCAUACUGGAGAGAAGCCUUAUAAAUGUGAUGACUGUGGGAAGGCCUUCAGGCUGGGAAAACAGUUUAUCCAACAUCAAAGAAUACAUACUGGAGAGAAACCUUAUGAAUGUGAUCAUUGUGGGGAGGCAUUCAGACUUAGGCCACAGCUUACUCAGCAUGAGAAAAUUCAUCAUGGAGAAAAACCAUUUGUGUGUAAUGAAUGUGGGAAAGGCUUCUUUCGGAAUUCAGAUUUCAUGCGACAUCAGAGUAUUCAUACUGGAGAGAAACCUUAUGAAUGUAAUGUGUGUGGGAAGGCCUUCAGACUGAAGACCCAGCUUACUCAGCAUCAAGAAUUCAUACUGGAGAGAAGACUUAUAAAUGUAAUAAAUGUGAAAAGGCCUUCAGACUGAAGAAACAAUGUAAUCAACAUCAAAGAAUACAUGUUGGAGAGAAGCCUUAUGAAUGUGAUCAUUCUGGGGAGGCCUUCAGACUUAGGCCACAGCUUACUCAGCAUCAAAGAAUUCAUUAUGGAGAAAAACCAUUUGUAUGUAAUGUAUGUGGGAAAGGCUUCUUCUGGAAUUCAGAUUUUAUGCGACAUCAGAGUAUUCAUACUGGAGAGACACUUUAUGAAUGAAUGUGGGAAGGCCUUCAGACUGAAGAAACAACUUAUUCAAUGUCAGAGAAUUCAUACUGGAGAGAAGUCUCAUAAAUCUGAUGAAUAUGGGAAGGCCUUUAGGCUAAGGAAACAAUUUAUUCCACAUCAGAGAAUACAUAUUAGAGAGAAGCCUUAUAAAUGUGGGAAGGCUUUUAGACUGAGGAACAGCUUACUCAGAACUAGAGAAUCCAUACUAGAGAAAAACUUGAAUAGAAGGUCUUGAAACACCUUCUGCAUGAAUUGAAAAGUAACUGUGCAUCAGAGAGUAAAAUUUAUGAGAGAGAAAACUUAAGAACAUAAUAAAUACGGGAAAGCCUUCAAGAAUAAGACCCAACUUAGCAUGCAUCAGAGAAUUCCUACUGGAGAAAUUCCUUAUGAAUGUAAGUUGUGUGGGAAUACCUUCCACUACAACUCAGAACUCAUUCAAUGACUUAUCCUUGCUAGAAAGAAAAAUUACGAAUGUAAUAUUUUUGAGAAAGCCUUCUACCUGAAAUCAGAACUUAGUUGACAUCUAGGAGUUCAUACUACUGAGAAACAGUAUGAAUAUACGAAUGUCUGUAGUGGCAUCACAGAAGUUACUUGACAUCAGAGAAUUCUUACUGGAGAAAAACUUUGUGAAAGCAAUUAAUGUGGGAACGUCUUUAGACUGUGGGUGUUUCUUACUGUGCAUCAGUGAAAUCAUACUAGAGUGGAAUGUUAUGCAUUUACUGAAUAUGGGAAGGCUUUCACACUGAAACACAGGGCAGAGCCAGGAUGGUGGAAUGAAGCUAGUAUUUUUUGCUUAGUUUUCCCAACACACUCAUUCUGCAAUAACUAAAAAUGUACCAAACUGAAUUCCGAGGGAGAAAGUGAAAGAAAAGUUACAGUGUCUUCUAAUUCUAACAGGAACCUAAGAAGUCAUAGAGUUAUGUAGAUUGUGAGGUGGAAACUGGUCAGGAGUACAGUACAAAGAGUGUAAGCUCAGCAGUGAACAGCCUAGUGCCUAAGGGAGGUAAGGGGACUGAACAUUUUGUUAAAAAGAGAUUCCAGGGGAUCCCGUGCUAGCUGUAGAUGCAGGAUCAGGGGCCAUUUGGCAGCUCCAUUACCACAUUACCCACUUCUGAGUUGUAGGUCCAGGGUAGAGAGGAGCAGUUACAGUGGCAAGGGAGCAGAUAACCUCACCUGGUUAAGGUAAGAUACCAGUUUGCAGACUUGCAGGGCAGUGACCCAGCUUCUCUCUGGAUCACACUACCUUAGAAGCAACAAAAACUUUCAAGUCCCUAGACUUAACCUCAGAAAGCAGUAGGACAUAAAAAUUUGAAGACCAGAUUGGAUGCCUGCCCUCACAGGUGAUCAGAGCCCAGCACUAACAAAAAGUCAAACUCAAAGAAAUAAGCUAGAAAAAUUAGAACUACAAAAAAAGAACCUGACAGUAAAAGCUUCUGUGGGCACAGGGAACCUUGAGACAAACUGAGAGACAAACUCAAAGGCAAUGAUGUAUGAAUCUCUACAUGAAAGCCUCAAAGAAAAAUGCAGAUUGGACACAAGCCCAAAAGGAAUUCCUUGAAAAGCUUAAGAGAAUUUUUUUUUAAUAGAGAAAUAAUUUAAAUCAUGUAAAAGUGAUAGUGCAAAGUUUGGGAGAAGAAAUAAGAGCAAUUAUGACACAAGAAUUAACAGCUUGGUAGAAGAUACACAAAAAAGUUCUGAAGAAAAUAACUUCUUACAAAUCAGAAUUGAUUAAAUAGUUAAAGGAGGUACAAAAAUCUCACAGAAGAAAAUAACUUUCAAAAAUUAGAAUUGGUUAAGUGGAAGCUAAUCCAUGAGACAUCAAGUAACAAAAUAUUGUCCAAAGAAUGAAAAUAUUCAUGUAAAUGUGAAACAUCUUAUCAGAAAGACAACUGACCUGGAAAAGAGACCAAGGAAAGAAACCUUAGGAAUUAUUGAAGUCUAAAAACCAUGAUUAAAAAAUGGGGCUAGACAUCAUAUUUCAACAUUUAAAUCACAACUAUCCAGAUGUAUUUGAAUCAGAGGGCAACAUAAAAAUGGAAAGAAUCCACCAAUUUCCUCCUGAAUGGGAUCCCAAAAUUAAAACUCUUAGAAAUAUAACUGCCAAAAAUCCAGAGCUUCUAGGUCAAAGAGAAAAUACAAGCAGCCAGAAAGAUGCUAUUUAAAUACCAUGAAACCAUAGUAAGAAUCACAUAAGCUGUAGGAACAGAGGGCUUGGAGUAUUAUAUUCCAGAUAGCAAAGGAGUUUGUAUUAUAACCAAGAAUGAUCUACCCAGCAAUACUGAGUAUUAUGUUAUGGGGGAUAGGGGUAUGGAUAUUUAAUAAAAUGGAGGAUUUUCAAGCUUUCAUGAUGAAAAGAUCAUUACUGAAUAGAAAAUGGCUGGCACUUAAACACAAGACUCAGAAAAGUAUAAAAAGGUAAGCAUGAGUGAGAAAUCAUAAAGGAGUUAAUAAGAGUAAAUUAUUUUUAUUCCUAAAUAUACUCCUUAGGAACCCCUAAGAACUUUUUCACCCUUAGGGCUGUUAGGAGUCUACUUAGGAAGAGCACAUGGGUAUGAGUCUAGUAUAUUGGGAUAAUCUCAAAAGAGAUCAUUUCUACAGUAGGAUAUCUGCCCUGAGGCUAAUGUCAGUGUGGCAUCAGGGAGAGCACCUAAUGCCAGAUCCAAUAGCUUACCCUAAGACAGAUGAACGGAAUGUCAUAGAGGGCAUUGUUGAAGUAAUCAAUUCCCCAGUCAUACAAUGAAAUCUCUUCUGAGUGUGAAAAAGGGGCUGGGCUCACAGGAUUAGGCAAAAAAGUUCUAGCUGAUGGCAGGCAAAAGAUGAGGCCUGUCAUGUGAGAGAAAUACUUUUGCCCCCUCUUCAGAGCUUUCUUAGGAAAGGAGAUUUACACCAUUGGAGAACAAACACAGAAAGCGUGGAUUACAUGGUUGUCCAUGGCAACGUGUAGUUUGAGGGCCUCAACCACAGAAAAGCAAGGCUGGCUGAAAGAGUGCCUCAGGAAAAAUGCCUUUCUAUUAUAGGGGAGUCCUGGUGGCCAGGAAUCAAGAUGUGAUGUGGCAAAAUUGCUUGCAAAAGCUUGAAAAAUCCUUUAGGGAAGGUAAUGAUAAUCAUUUAAGAUCAAUUGAGCCCCAAUAAGGGCCAAAAAUCUGAAUUAAUCUUUUCUCCCUGAUUGAAC